CCGGAGCUACAUCAGUCGCUGGAGCCGGGGUUUGGUCCUCAGGGGUCCGCCUACAUGUUCUCACGUUCUGCAGAUGCCUGCUAAGGAACCAUGUAGAGCAGAAGAAGAGAAGACCCGCGUCUAUCGGGACAGAACCAAACCAAAGAGGACCAGGAGGAGGACAUGAAGAACAAAGUCAGCAGCACUCAAGUGAGUGUGAAGAGGCGGUCCUGGUCCUGGCAGCAGUACCUGAACGAGCAGAAAGCUGAGGCAGCUCCGCCCUCCCUCUUCACACAGGACCAGUCGUUCCCCAGCAAGAGAUCAGGCUUCAAAGUGGGGAUGAAGCUGGAAGGGAUCGACCCGCUGCACCCGUCCAUGUUCUGUGUCCUGACCGUGGCGGAGGUGAUUGGCUGCAGGCUGCGUCUCCACAUCGACGGUUUUUCAGAGUGCUAUGACUUCUGGGUAAACGCUGAUUCUGCAAGCAUCAAACCUGCCGGUUGGUGUAAAGAGCACAACCACAAGCUCCACCCCCCCAAAGGUCAGAGCGAGACAGAGUUCGACUGGCAGGACUACCUCCAGUCCUCAGGCUCCCACGCUGCUCCGCCCUCCCUCUUCACCUGUCGCUCCACGGACUGUGAGUUCCAGGUGGGGAUGAAGCUGGAGGCGGUGGACAAGAAGAACCCCGGCCUGGUCUGCGUGGCCUCCGUCGCUGACGUCGUUGAUGACCGCUUCCUGGUUCACUUUGACAACUGGGACGACACGUACGACUACUGGUGUGACAGCAGCAGUCCCUACAUCCAUCCUGUGGGCUGGUGUGAAGAACAAGGCCGACCUCUGACCGCGCCGCAGGGUCACCCCAGCCCAGAGAGCUUCGUGUGGGACGACUACCUGCAGGAGACGGCCUCCUCUGCUGCUCCCACUGCAGCUUUCACUCUGAGAGCUCCGCACGGUUUCCAGGUGAACCACAGGCUGGAGGCGGUGGACAGGAGGAACCCCAUGCUGAUCCGCGUCGCAACAGUAACAGACACCGAAGACUACAGGGUGAAGAUCCAUUACGACGGCUGGUCCACGCAGUUCGACGUCUGGCUGGACAGCGACCACCGCGACCUGCAUCCUGUCGGCUGGUGUCAGCGCACGGGACACCCGCUGGAGCCGCCCCCAGGUGCGGCUCCUCUGUCGUCUCCUUCUCAGGGAGUGUGUCCCACCGCCGGCUGCAGAGGAGUGGGACAUAUCAAAGGAGCCAAAUACACCGGACACCACAGUGCCUUCGGCUGUCCGUACUCGGACAUCAACAUGCGGAAGGAGGUGGUGCUUCCUGACAGGCUGGGAGGGGAGCGGUCCGUUACCCUGGUGCCGGUGUCCAUGUACCAGCAGAAUCAGCAGAACCAGCAGAACCACAGGGGGGGAGUCCAGGAGAAACCCACAGAGUCCACAGAGGCGCCGCCGCUGCUUCCUCUGGCCAAGAGGAGGAGACUGAGCGACAGAUUGUCUCAGCCAACCAAAUUCCUACAUGUGAAACAGGAAGAGGAGGAGCUUCCUCUCAGAACCAUCAGUCCAGCAGAGUCCAGCCUGCAGGCCGCCCUCCACCAGUCCGUCUUCCUGUCCGCCAUGUCGCCUCAGCCCGGACGUGACCUGUCGCUCUGCUGGGAGCAGCACCGUAAGCUGCUGCCGGGCGUGGCCCGCGUCCACGCGGACGCCGUGCGGCGCUGGAGCGUGCAGCAGGUGUGCGACUUCAUCGAGUCUCUCCCCGGAUGUGAGGAGCAGGCCCAGCAGUUCAGAGAGGAGCAAAUAGAUGGACGGGCCUUUCUGCUGCUCACCCAGCGGGACAUUGUCAGGAUCAUGUCAAUCAAGCUUGGCCCCGCCCUCAAGAUCUACAACUCCAUCCUGAUGUUCAAACACGCUGACGACAAGAGCCAAUCGCAGGGCAAGGACGAGAGCCAAUCACAGGAACAGGAAAUAAGCCAAUCACAGACUGAGGAAAGGAGCCAAUCACUGACAGAGGUCAAGACCCAAACACAAGCCACGAGCAGGAGCCAAUCAGACAUUCAGGAUUCUAGCACCUGACACCUGACACCUGUCACCUGAUCAUGACUCCUCCCUUUAUUAUCCAGCCCCCCCCCCCCCCCCCAGCCACGUAUUUACUAAUCAAGGCUCUGAGCUCAGGUGUCUUCAGGUGCUGCUGCCACUUUAUGCCCUGACCUGUAUUUUAGGCUCCACCUCUGUGUGAAGGGGUGGGGCUUAGGCUGAUGGAUACGUUAGGAAGGGGAUUCUGGGAUACGGUGGCUGUGAUGAGAUCUAGGCUCAGUCUGAACACCCUGAUAGAACGAGGACUGCUCAGCCAGAGAGGAAGAGCGUGAGCGUGUCCAUGAUCAGAGUCUGAAUACUGCAGGCAGUGAGGAAGGAGGCAGGAAAGGAGCCUAGAUGCUUCCUGUCAUAGCUCCUCUAGCCUAGGAACCUUACUACGUCCCUUACCAGCACUGAGAACCCUUCAGGUAUCCCACAAUCCUUUGCGUGACAUGACGUAUUGUCAGGUUCAAACACCUAAAACAUUCAUUAAACAAAACAAGGAAGAGAG